UUAAGUCCUCUUCCUCCUCUUCCUCGCCCGAUUACUUCCCCGACUUCCACUGCAUUCGGAGGGGAGGCUCCCGACUGCAUUUCUCUCUCUUUUCCACUUUUUUUUUGUUGGAGAAAAAGGAGGAAUUUCAGGAUGCCCAGUAUUAAGCUUCAGAGCAGUGAUGGCGACACCUUCGAGGUGGACGUCGAGAUCGCCAAACAGAGCGUCACCAUCAAGACCAUGUUGGAGGAUUUAGGAAUGGACGAGGACGAGGAGGAAGUGGUACCCCUGCCUAAUGUAAAUGCUGCCAUCCUAAAGAAGGUGAUCCAGUGGUGCACAUACCACAAGGACGACCCUCCCCUCCCUGACGAUGACGACAACAAAGAAAAGCGAACAGACGACAUCUCCUCCUGGGAUGCAGAUUUCUUGAAGGUUGACCAAGGCACACUGUUUGAGUUGAUUCUGGCUGCGAACUACCUCGACAUCAAGGGCCUAUUGGAUGUGACAUGCAAGACUGUAGCCAACAUGAUCAAGGGAAAGACGCCUGAUGAGAUCCGCAAGACCUUUAACAUCAAGAACGACUUCACACCCUCUGAGGAGGAACAGGUGCGCAAGGAGAACGAGUGGUGCGAGGAGAAGUAGAAAGGAAAUGAAAGUUCCGAAGAGGUGUUUAUAAAGAAAGUGGAUUACAUAUAGUAAAUAGACUUUGAAAAAAAAAAAAAGAACAGGAAAAGAACAUUAUGCCAAUUCUAUAACCAGGAUAUUUUAUGGAAAUUCUUUUUUUUUUGCCAGAAUGCAAGAAUUCUUUAUUUAUUCCUUAUUUUACAACACUCCUUAAUUAAGUGUAGACCUGUGAGAGUAGAGGUUAUUUUACUCUUCCUUGUUAUGCAUUGAUCUCUUUGAGAUAGCAUAUAUAUUGAUCUAAUCAUGUGGUUUACUGAUGUUAUUAUAGAUAUACCAUUAGGUCAGUGUAAGGGCUAAUCAUGCAGUACUUUAAAGCAUUGUAUCUUUUGAUAUAUAUUACUUGAGGAGAUUAUGAUGUCAAAGAGAUGAAUGAUUUUUAUUCUUUUCAACAUUAUUACCUCAUUAUAGCUUAAUUUGGUAAAGUUGAUUGUCCAAUGUUUUAUUUUUGUGUAUUUUUUCUCCUCAUUGUGUUGUAUCUACUUUUGUUUUGCCUGAGCAGGAAAACUGUAGCUCAAACACUUUGUAUCAGAUGAUCUGCAAUGCUAUUAAACCUGUUUAACAGUUUUAUAUCUUUAUGUUGACCAAAUAACUGUUGAGGAAUGUGUCAGUUUUAGUAAAUGGCAAUUCCCAUUUCAAUUUUCAAUAAAACCCUCAUAUUU